AUGUACCAUAGCAGAGGAAAAACAAAACCAAAGAAAUCGAUAAAGGAUCAGCAAACAUCGGCUAAACGAAAUCAGCGAAUGGUUUUCAGCGCCCAAAAAACUGCUGCCACCAGACAACUUUCAUGUGUCUCUGCAAACCGACCAAGCAAUCGCCGCGUCGCACAUAGUCAAAAGGCAUCCGGAAAACAUAUAGAAGUGGCGGGGAGUGAUCGUCAAAGAGAUCAGGAAAAGCAAGAUCAAGCAGUGCAAGAUCUAGUUGAACAUUUGAAGUCCAUUGCACCAUUCAACAAACGUUGGCAAGUAAUUGAGACAAUCAAUCAAGGUACAUAUGGUGUGGUAUUUUCUGUUCGCGAUGUCGUCACAAAAGUAUACGGUGUCAUUAAAGUGGCUAAAUCGAUGGCCAACGAAGCUGGCAAUGUUUCAGCUGAGUGGGAAGGAUUUAUUUUAGAAACGAUGUUUAAAAGAUCCGAAACUGCAUCAAUCGUCCGAUUGCUAGACAAGGGUAUGCUUGCGGACCAACACGGUGAAGGCAUGGAAUUUGUAGUGCUGGAAAAAGCAGCGGUGCCAGUCAAAGAUUACAUCUACGAGGUAGAAGGAGCGCAUAGAAAAUAUCGUGCGGCAAAUAUAUCAUUGCAAAUGCUCAAAGGAAUUUAUGAUCUUCAUGCACAAGGACUUCUACACCGCGACUUGAAACCAGAUAAUAUGGGUUUGUGUUCAAGAGAACAACCGAUUGCACUGCUCUUCGAUCUCGGUAUGGCGCGGAUGUACACCGAUGGAGAAAGUGAUAUACGACCACCACGGACGUGUUGUCCGUUUCGUGGGACACCCGAAUGGGCAAGUGGGCAUGCACAAAAAGGACGUGAACAGACACGUUUUGAUGAUCUCAUAGCCUGGCUUUAUGUCACGUGUGAACUAUUUGCAAAUGAACGUGAACCCAUUCAACCACUGCCAUGGACAUACAGAAAUAAUACACGGGCACAUAAAUAUUUGAAAUCAAUGUACUGUCCUGCUCGUUAUCUCCUGAAAACACUACCAGACCAAUUCUAUGCAAUUAACGCAUACCUUCAAACAGCAAAUCCCCAGAAACCACCAGACUACCACUUCCUCGCUGAAAAAACUUAUGAAGCAAUCAAGGAGUUAGAAGUCAAAAAAUUGCUACUGUCGCCGAUACCGAUGACUGCUGAGAGGGUUAAAAAUCCGGUCCCUAAAGGAUCAAAAGGAAAGUCAAAAAGCAGAAGUAGGAAGAAAUCAGAUAUUGAAAAGAAUAUGCCGAAGAAUUUGAAGCAGUAA